AUGCGGCCUCCUCAGGGGCCUCCCCGUCCCCUGACCCCAGGGGGAGCGGUCCUCCUUAGACUCCUGCUCACGCUCCCCCUCCUGUGUACGCCGUCCGGAGCAGUUGUGGAACCAUUCAAAACCUUCUCGCCGCCAGACUGGGGCCUGACACACUUGGCCAUUCACAACAGGACUGGGGAGGUGUACGUCGGCGCUGUCAACUGGAUCUACAAACUCUCCAGUAACUUGACUAAGCUGCGAAGUCACAUGACCGGUCCCGUGGUGGAUAACGAGAGGUGUUACCCUCCGCCCAGUGUACAGUCUUGUCCCCACGAUCUGACCCAGGUGAACAACGUCAACAAGUUACUGCUGGUCGACUACGCCCACAACCGCCUCAUUGCCUGCGGCAGCACCUCGCAGGGCAUCUGCCAGUUCUUGCGUCUCGACGACCUGUUUAAACUGGGCGAGCCACACCACCGUAAGGAACAUUACCUGUCCAGCGUGGCUGAGUCCGGAACCAUGUCUGGCGUCAUCAUCUCGGAUGGCCCUGGUGGCAAGCUUUUCAUUGGAACGCCCAUUGACGGCAAGUCGGAAUACUUCCCCACGCUCUCCAGCCGCAAGCUGAUGGCUAACGAGGAAAAUGCAGACAUGUUCAGCUUCGUCUACCAGGACGAGUUCGUCUCCUCGCAGCUGAAGAUCCCCUCGGACACGCUGUCGAAGUUUCCCACCUUCGACAUCUACUACAUCUAUGGCUUCAGCAGCGAGCAGUUUGUGUAUUACCUCACCCUGCAGCUGGACACCCAGCUCACCUCCCCCGACGCCAGCGGAGAACAGUUCUUCACCUCCAAGAUUGUGCGGCUUUGCGUGGAUGACCCGAAGUUCUACUCCUACGUGGAGUUCCCCAUCGGAUGCACCAAGGACGGGGUGGAGUACCGACUCAUCCAGGACGCCUACCUCAGCCGUCCCGGGAAGCAGCUGGCCAGGUCCCUGGGCCUGUCGGAACAGGAGGACAUCCUGUUCACUGUGUUCUCGCAGGGUCAGAAGAACCGGGCCAAGCCGCCCAAGGAGUCCGCCCUCUGCCUAUUUACCUUGCGCAGCAUCAAGGAGAAGAUUAAAGAGAGGAUUCAGUCGUGCUACAGAGGAGAAGGCAAGCUGUCUUUACCCUGGCUCCUCAACAAGGAACUAGCCUGCAUCAACUCACCUCUGCAGAUAGAUGACAAUUUCUGCGGACAGGACUUUAACCAGCCUCUGGGGGGCACCAGCACAAUUGAAGGCAUUCCUCUGUAUGUGGAUAAAGACGACGGCAUGACCUCUGUGGCCGCGUAUGAUUACCGCGGCAACACAGUGGCCUUCACCGGCACACGCAAUGGCAGGAUGAAGAAGAUCCUGAUAAACUCUAAGAAGUCUGCUCUGGUGUAUGAGAAUGUUAGUGUGAGUGAAGGCAGUCCAAUCCUCAGAGACCUGCUCUUCAGCCCUGACCAGGAGUACAUCUAUACCCUCACUGACAAACAGGUGAAGCGUGUACCAGUAGAGAGCUGCGGUCAGUACACUACAUGCACUGAGUGUUUGGGCUCCCAGGAUCCUCACUGUGGCUGGUGUGUCCUUCACAAUGUGUGCUCCCGUAAAGACCGUUGUGACAGGGCAGAUGAACCUCAGCGCUUUGCCACAGAGCUGAGUCAGUGUGUGGUGCUGUCCGUCAAACCCAACAACAUCUCUGUCACCAUGUCUGAGGUCCAGUUGGAGCUGCAGGCGUGGAAUGUUCCAGACCUGUCUGCUGGGGUGAACUGUUCGUUUGAGGACUACACUGAGACAGAGGGCAGAAUCAUCGGCGGCCGCAUCUACUGCCUCUCCCCAACCGCUAGAGAGCUCAUUCCCAUUACACGCCACCAAGGGGACAAGCGUGUGGUGAAGCUGUAUCUGAAGUCUAAGGAAACUGGACGGAAGUUCACCAGCGUGGAUUUUGUCUUUUACAACUGCAGCGUUCACAAAUCGUGCUUGGCGUGUGUAAACGGCUCUUUCCCCUGUCAUUGGUGUAAAUAUCGUCACAUGUGCACACAGAAUGCCAAUGACUGCUCUUUCCAAGAGGGGCGUGUCAACAUGUCAGAGGAGUGCCCUCAGAUUCUGUCCUCUACCCAGAUCUACAUCCCGGUGGGGGUGACCAAGCCCAUCACGCUGGCAGCCCGGAACCUUCCGCAGCCCCAGUCUGGCCAGAGGAACUAUGAGUGCAUCUUUCACAUCCAGGGAGAGAUCCUCAGUGUCACAGCUCUCCGAUUCAACAGCUCCAGCAUCCAGUGCCAGAAGACCACUUACAACUACGAAGGAAAUGACAUCAGCGACCUUCCUGUGGACCUGUCUGUGGUGUGGAAUGGCAACUUUGUCAUUGACAACCCCUACAAUAUACAAGCUCAUCUGUAUAAGUGUUAUGCCCAGAGGGAGAGCUGUGGUAUGUGUCUCAAGGCUGACCCCAGGUUUGAGUGUGGCUGGUGUGUCCAGGACAGGAAGUGUUCUCUGAGGCAGGAGUGCAGUGCACCCGAGCACACCUGGAUGCACGCCACAGCCGGCAACAGCCGCUGCACUCACCCCCGUAUCACCAAGCUCUAUCCGGAAACGGGUCCUCGACAGGGUGGUACCAUGCUCACCAUUACAGGGGAGAACCUGGGUCUGCAGUUCAAGGACAUCCAGAACACCGUGCGGAUCGGCAAGGUGGCCUGUCAGCCCGUGGAACAGGAGUACAUCAGUGCCGAGCAGAUUGUGUGCCGUCUGGCUGAUGCGACAGGUUACCCUGUGCGGGAGGCCCAGGUGGAGGUUUGUGUGAGGGACUGCCAACCCGAGUACAGAGCUGUAUCACCUAAGGCUUUCACCUUUGUGUCUCCGUAUUUUGGCCGUGUACAUCCCUCACAGGGCCCAGUCUCUGGUGGAACAAGGAUCACUAUUUACGGCAGCCAUCUUAAUGCAGGCAGUGCUGUGUUUGUCAAGAUUGGCCUGAAUCCCUGCCGCUUUGAGAGGCGGAACGCACGGGAGAUAGUGUGUGUGACUCCAGCAGGCCUAGGUGUGGGGCACACUCCAGUCAUGGUGGAUAUUAAUGCAGCAGAGCUGAGAAACCCUGACGUGAAGUUCACAUAUGCUGACGACCCCACCAUCGUAAAGAUAGAACCGGACUGGAGCAUCGCCAGUGGAGGGACCCCACUGACUGUCACUGGUACCAAUCUGCUCACCAUCAGAGAACCCAAGAUGAGGGCCAAAUACGGAGAUAUCAGGACUCUUAAUAACUGUACCUGUGUGAAUAACACAGUGAUGGUAUGUCUGGCGCCCUCAGUGGCAGAAUCAGAGCGGGAUUUUUCGGAGGCGGGAAGCAGUCCUGACGAGAUUGGCUUUGUCAUGGAUAACGUCCAGGCCCUGCUGGUGGUUAAUGAGAGUUUCAGUUACUACCCAGACCCCGUGUUUGAGCCACUCAGUCCCACAGGCAUGCUGGAACUCAAACCUGGCUCUCCGCUCAUACUCAAGGGAAGAAACCUGAUACCGUCAGCAGCAGGGAACGCCAAACUGAACUACACGGUUCUGAUCGGAGACACGCCGUGUGUGUUGACUCAAUCGGAGAGUCAGCUCAUGUGUGAAUGGCCAAACUUUACCGGCCAGCACAAAGUGACGGUGCGUGUUGGAGGGUUUGAGUUUUCACCCGGCACUCUACAGAUCUACUCGGACAGUUUGUUGACGCUGCCGGCAAUAAUCGGGAUAGGAGGGGGCGGUGGUCUUCUGCUCCUGGUCAUUAUCGUGGUCCUCAUCGCUUACAAGCGCAAGUCCAGAGACGCAGACCGGACCCUCAAACGCCUGCAGCUGCAGAUGGACAACCUGGAGUCCAGAGUGGCUCUCGAAUGCAAGGAGGCGUUUGCGGAGCUACAGACUGAUAUCCAUGAGUUGACCCAGGAGUUGGAUGGGGCAGGAAUUCCGUUCCUGGACUAUCGUACCUAUGCCAUGAGAGUCUUAUUCCCUGGUAUAGAGGAUCACCCUGUGCUCAAAGAGAUGGAGGUCCCAGCGAAUGUGGAGAAGGCCCUGACCCUGUUUGGCCAGCUGCUGAACAAGAAGCAUUUCCUGUUGACGUUUAUCCGCACACUGGAGGCCCAGCGUUCCUUCUCCAUGCGUGACCGUGGCAAUGUGGCCUCUCUCAUCAUGACCGCACUGCAGGGAGAGAUGGAGUAUGCCACAGGGGUCCUCAAACAGCUCCUCUCUGACCUCAUCGACAAGAACCUGGAGAGCAAGAACCACCCCAAACUCCUGCUCAGGAGAACCGAGUCUGUAGCAGAGAAGAUGCUGACAAACUGGUUCACAUUCCUGUUAUACAAAUUCCUGAAGGAGUGUGCAGGUGAACCUCUGUUCAUGCUGUACUGUGCAAUGAAGCAGCAGAUGGAGAAAGGCCCUAUCGAUGCCAUCACGGGUGAGGCCCGUUACUCCCUGAGUGAAGACAAACUCAUCAGACAGCAAAUCGACUACAAGACCCUGACCCUGCACUGCGUGAACCCAGAGAAUGACAAUGCCCCAGAUGUGACCGUCAAGUGUCUUAACUGUGACACCAUCACACAAGUGAAGGAGAAGAUUCUGGAUGCUGUGUAUAAAGGCAGCCCCUACUCACAGAGACCCAAGGCUGGGGACAUGGACCUGGAGUGGCGUCAGGGCAGAAUGGCCAGAAUCAUACUGCAGGACGAGGACGUCACCACAAAGAUCGACAACGACUGGAAACGCCUGAACACUUUAGCCCACUACCAGGUUACUGACGGCUCGGUCAUCGCCUUGGUCCCCAAACAGAACUCCGCAUACAACAUCUCUAAUUCCUCUACAUUCACCAAGUCACUCAGCCGAUACGAGAGUAUGUUGCGGACAGCCAGUAGUCCAGACAGCCUGCGCUCAAGGACUCCCAUGAUAACUCCGGACCUGGAGAGCGGAACCAAACUGUGGCACCUGGUCAAAAACCAUGACCACUCCGACCAGAGAGAGGGAGACCGAGGAAGCAAGAUGGUCUCUGAGAUCUACCUUACGCGUCUCCUCGCCACCAAAGGUACGUUGCAGAAGUUUGUGGAUGACCUCUUUGAGACGAUCUUCAGCACAGCACACAGAGGCAGUGCCCUGCCCCUGGCCAUCAAAUACAUGUUUGAUUUCCUGGACGAGCAGGCUGACAAACACCUUAUAUCAGACCCCGAUGUACGACACACCUGGAAGAGCAACUGUUUGCCGUUGCGGUUUUGGGUGAACGUGAUUAAAAACCCUCAGUUUGUCUUUGACAUCCAUAAGAACAGUAUUACAGACGCCUGUCUGUCUGUGGUGGCUCAGACCUUCAUGGACUCCUGCUCCACAUCCGAACACAAACUGGGCAAAGACUCGCCCUCCAACAAGCUUCUCUACGCUAAAGACAUUCCAAACUACAAGAACUGGGUGGAGAGGUAUUAUUCGGAUAUCUCUCGUAUGCCUGCCAUCAGUGACCAGGAUAUGAGUGCUUACCUGGCCGAACAGUCGCGUCUCCAUCUCAACCAGUUCAACAGCAUGAGUGCCCUACACGAGAUCUACUCCUACAUCACCAAGUAUAAAGACGAGAUCCUGUCGGCUUUGGAGCGGGAUGAGCAGUCUCGGAGGCAGAGGCUGCGGAGUAAACUGGAGCAAGUGAUUGACACCAUGGCUUUGUCCAGCUGA